AUGAGAAUGGGGCCCCUGUCCCUACUCGUCACCACCCUCGCCAGCGUGCAAAUCUCGACCGCUUCCAGCCACAUACUCGUGUCGGAGCCUGGUGAAGAAGCGGCAAUCCCUGGCUGGGCACUCUCGUCGUCGUCCGACAUCAAGACCGAUGCCAUUGCAUCACUUUCCAAGCCUGGAGAGACCGACACGUCAUCGUGGCACCAGAUAUCCGUAUCGAAAUGCACAUUGAUGGCAUGCCUUCUCGAGAUUGGCGUCUACAACGACCAGGAGCUGUGGUUCUCGGACAAUCUCGAGUCGUUUGACUGGGCACAGUUCACGGUGCCGUGGGUGUACCGCAGCGAGUUUGGGCUCAAACCCAGCCAUGGGAGGCAUUUCUUCCUGCAGACGCAUGGCAUCACGUCGCGUGGGGAUAUAUUCCUCAACGGAGAGCCUGUGGCGAACAAGAGCGUGCAGUCGGGUGCGUAUGCGGGUCAUGAAUUCGACAUUACGCAUCUCGUGGCCGAGGACAAUGCUCUGCUUAUCCUGGUGUAUCCGACUAACUACUACCAUGAUUUGGCGCUUGGGUUCAUUGAUUGGAAUCCAAAUCCGCCCGACAACGGAACAGGUAUAUGGCGGGACGUGGUCAUCAGGCAGACGGGUCCUGUAUCGCUCGGUCCGCUCACUGCCCUGGUCGCAAUCGAGCCGGCGCACGUGUCGCUGCGGUCGACAGCUGAGAAUAUCGAAGACAGGAAGGCCGAGAUCUCUGCCACGGCUGUUAUAAAGGAACCCAAUGGCGGGAGGAAGUAUGUACUGGAAAAGACCAUCACACUCGAGCCGGGAGAGUCGAGGGUUAUAGAAUUCAACCAGACAUUCGAUGACCCCGAAAUAUGGUGGCCGAGACAAUGGGGAGACCAGCCGCUCUACUCGGCCGAGUUGAGCAUAUCUACUGCCGCGCACUCGGGAGUGUCUGACAGCGUAAACGGUACUUUUGGGCUCCGAAGUGUCACAUCAAAAGUCAACAAGGAUGACGACCGCGUGUUUACCGUCAACGGGCAUCCGUUCCAAGUCAUUGGGUCAGGGUACAGCGCCGACAUGUUUCUUCGAUUUGACCCCGAGUACUUUGAGACGAUUGUCCAGUAUAUGCUGGAUAUGGGCCUCAACACUAUCCGUCUCGAGGGGAAGAAUGAACAUCCAGAGCUCUAUGAGAUUGCUGAUAGGUAUGGACUUAUGGUCAUGGCUGGAUGGGAGUGCUGCAAUAAAUGGGAAACUUGGAAACACAACGAAGACGUUGCUGCCGACCCGCCUGACUACUGGGACGCUGCCGAUUAUAGAGACGCGAGAGCUGCGGCGAAGCACGAGGGACACAUGCUGCAGACGCAUCCGAGCAUGCUCGCCUUCCUGGUAGGCAGCGACUAUUGGCCCGACGACCGUGCGACAGACAUCUAUGCCGACGAAUUCUGGGACGUAGGCUUACAGAUUCCCAUCGUCGCGUCUGCCAGCAAGCGCGGAUACCCUGAGCGCCUCGGCCCGUCAGGGAUGAAGAUGGAAGGGCCGUACGACUGGGUGCCGCCCAACUACUGGUACGAGACGGAGCCAUCAGAGGACCGGUACGGCGCCGCAUUCGGCUUCGGGUCCGAGUUGGGAGCUGGCGUGGGCACGCCCGAGAUCGGUAGCCUGCGCAAGUUCCUGACAAAGGGGGACAUGGACGACCUGUGGAAACGACCCGAGAAGAGACUGUACCACAUGUCAACCAAUGUCUCGCAGUUUUACAACCGCAACAUCUACAACGAGGGCUUGUAUCGGCGCUACGGAAAACCGACGUCCCUGGAGGACUAUCUGCGCAAGGCACAGAUGAUGGACUACGAAGCCACGCGCGCCGAGCACGAGGCGUUUGCCUCACGAUGGAGCACCGGACGCGUCGCCACCGGCCUGGUGUACUGGAUGCUGAACUCUGCGUGGCCUAGCCUGCACUGGAGCCAGUUUGACAAGUAUCUCCAUCCUGGCGGCAGCUACUUUGGUAGCAAGACCGGGGCGCGUGCCGAGCACGUAGCGUACAACUACGUAGACAGGGACGUGUGGGUUAUCAACCGGUCGCUGAGCAGAAGUGGCAGGCGAGUUAUCGAAGCCGAGGUCGUCGACCUUGGAGGAAGGAGAGUCGCGGGCGACAAGUUUGAGGUCGAGACGAAGCCCAACAAGUCGUCGAGGGUGGGCGCGGUGCCGGGGCUGCAGAACACCAGCACCGCCGACGCGGUGUUCCUGCGCCUUGUCCUCUGCGAUUCAGGAGAUGGAGAGGACGAGGUCGUCAGCCGCAACGUCUACUGGAUCCCGCCGACGGUCGACCGCCUCAACUGGACUGCGUCGACAUGGUACCACACGCCAGUGGACGGGUACGCGGACCUGACGUCUCUGUUUAGCAUGGACGAGGCGCACGUGAAUACUCUGGCAGCGAGAACGUCGACUACCAAGGACGCGACCGAGCGCGACGGUGCUUCGUACACUGUGACGCUGGAGAACACGUCGACGGUGCCGGCCUUCUUCAUCCGUCUAAACCUCGUCGAUGCCGAUGGGGGUGAUGUCACCCCCGUCAUCUGGUCGGACAAUUAUGUGACAUUGUGGCCUGGGGAGACGAUGAAGCUGCGUGUGGAUGACGGGAAAGGAGCUGGUGCUGCAGUUCUGGUGGAUGGUGUCAAUGUGGGGGGACAUACGGUGGUGCUAUGA